AUGGGCCAUUUCCGCGGAUUUGUGCAUGGGUUGGUUGGCCGGUUACGGCAGCAGUUGGUCCACGAGUUGAUGUUUUGCACCGAUCACCCGCCCCCAGCCAUCCCGUGGGAUCAUUUGUACGAUGAUGCCACGCAGAGUGCCACCGGAUGGAGUUUUUUACAGGAUUUACGUACAUCGUGGCCGGUCCAGGGUCCGACGUGGUUCAUGGAGCGUAUCCGCCACGAGCCCCGAUUACAGCGUCAGUUUGUACAGUCCCACGGGGCCGGGUUCCGGAUGCCCGCCAUCGAUCGGUUUUUUCGAGUGGUGAGCCAGUUCCGUGAGCGGUUAAGCGUGGCCGUCCAUGUUUGUGCCGGUCAACCCAGCCGGGGUCCCGAGUUAAUGAGCAUCCGGCAUCGUAACAGUGAGCGAGAGCGCCGCAAUAUAUUCAUUGAGGAUGGCAUGGUCACAUUUGUCAGUCGAUACCAUAAGGGGUUCCAUGUGGCCAAUGAUACCAAGGUGAUUUUCCGAUAUUUACCCCGGGAGAUUGGUGAGUUGGUCAUAUGGUAUUUAUGGUUAGUAUUGCCAUUUGUGGAGCAGAUGCAGUCAUAUCAGCGGCAUAUACGGGGCGAAGCCGCCACCAUCGGUCGACGGGCCGAGUAUGUAUGGUCCCCGGAUCCCGAUCGGCAGACCGAGUGGAGUAGCGUCCGGUUACGGGAGGUAUUGAAGCGCGAGACCGCGAUUGGAUUGGAUGGGCAGAAGUUGGGAUUACAGGCAUACCGUGACAUCGCCAUCGCCAUCAGCCGGCGGUAUUUACGCCCCAGCAGUCAGUUCCAGGCCAACACCGAGGAGGAGGCCCCCGACAUUGACGACGAGACAUCCAUGGAUGAUGAUGGGAUCCGAGCAUUCAUUGCGGAUAUCCAGGCCGCGCAUUCCGCCAGCAUUGCCGGGACGCAAUAUGGCCGGAUGAUGAUGGAGAAUCCCAACACCACGGCCCGGCACCGCGAGUUAUUCCGCCAGGUGAGCCAGGAUUGGCAUUAUUUUUUAGGAUUCGAGUCCACCCGUAUCGAACAUGACCGCCGGGCCCCCGGCACCAAGCGUAAGCCCAACCCAUGGGAAGUCGAAACGGCCGAGGCCCGUACGCAGCGUCGAUAUGAUUUACACCAGACCAACAUAGACGAGGCAUUCCAGCACAUGAUGGGGAGCAACACCGUAGCAUUGCGGGGGCAACAGGGUCCCGUAUUACAAGCCAUCAAGCAUGGGGUAAGCCCCAUUGUGGCGGUCAUGCCCACCGGGGGAGGUAAGAGUGUGUUGUUUAUGUUGCCCGCGUGGGUGAGUGGCCGUGCCGGGUUAACCAUCGUGGUUGUUCCAUUGAUUGCAUUACGCGGUGACAUGGAAGCACGAUGCCAGCGAUUGGGGAUUUCAUGUGCGGUAUGGGACCCCCGACGGCCACCCGAUGGGGUAUCCAUCGUAUUGAUCACGCCCGAGAGCACCGACAGCGAUGCAUUUGCCGAUUUUGUGACCCGGCAGCGGAUGUUACAGCGAUUAGAUCGGAUUGUGGUGGACGAGUGCCAUAUGGUAUUAAGUCAACAGGAGCGAUUCCGGCCAUUAUUCCAGCAGUUGGGCAAGUUACGAACCGCAGCCACCCAGAUCGUGAUGUUGACCGCGACAUUGCCCCCCCGCAGCGAGGAAUUAUUAUUCCAUCGGAUGCAUUGGGUCCGGGAUCAAGUGGUAUUAUAUCGGGGCCACACCAGCCGGCCCAAUAUCGCAUAUCGUGUCCAUACGAUCCCCGUAGACGAUGGAUAUGACCAUCCGUUCCAGUAG